UCCACUCUGCAGACAGACACUGAUCAGAGCUUUACAGAAACAGGAAAGAGGGAAGAUCCAAGAAAAAAAAAGCAGAGGCAGCCGAAGGGCAGUUAACGUCAGGAAUAGCCCUUUAUUCAAUGGGAGACACACACAGAGAAGCGUAGAACACACACUGGACUAUUCCCUUUGAAAACUCUCUACAGGCACCAUGACCGAGGAACAAGAAAUUAAUCUGACUUCAACAUCUGAGCAGCACACUCCACAUUUCCUACGAGAUGUCAUCUUCCAUGGAAAGUUCGGGCUGCUGAAGGCUCUAACUCCAGAGGAAAACACUCUGUGCCAUCAUGGACUGUUCUUCCAGGACGGCCAGCGGCGUGUCGACUAUGUUCUCACCUACCCUGUGAAGAAGCCGGGUGGAGGCCGCUCCAGUCGACAGGCGGUCCAUCGUCUGGCUGAAAACGCUUUCACCCGCAGCCUACGCCACGCUUCCCACAGCCAAGCUGAACAUAUCCAAGUCCAUCGAGCUCAAAGGGUCACAGAUUCAUCUUCAUCACAAUCACCGCCAGGAGCUGAUGUGGAAAUGGGCUCUCUGGGAGAACCAAUCAACAGCCACGAGGACCACAAAGCUCUGAGGAGGGAGGAGUUUGAAGAAAAACUGAAGGAGAUGGGGCUAGAGCUGGAAAAGGAUGAAGAAGCCAAAAUCCCAGGACUGGGCUUCGUGAAGAUUCACGCUCCCUGGAACGUUCUCUGUCGAGAGGCUGAGCUGAUGAAGCUGAAAAUGCCCACCAAAAAAGUGUAUGAAGUCAAACAGUCGAGCGGGGUUGUGAAGAAGAUCAGCUCUCUGUACCAUAAAGUUCUGGAGCCACUCCACCCUCACGUUGAAGAAAACAGACCGAAGAACAUCAAGCACCUGUCGCACACUUUCUCCAGAGAAAAACAACACCUGUUUGACCUCUCAGACAAAGAAAACUUCUUUGAUAGCAAAACCAGGAGCUCAAUAGUAUUUGAAAUACUAAAACGAACUAAAUGCAAGGCCAAGUACAGCAUGGGUAUCACCAGUCUUCUUGGUAGUGGAGUAUACACAGCAGCUUACCCUCUUCAUGAUGGAGGCAUUAAUGAAGAGAGUGCAGAACCUAAUGACAGAAAGCUUUUGUAUGAAGAGUGGGCAAACUACAGCGUCUUCUACAAGUACCAGCCAAUCGGACUUGUGCGGAAGUAUUUUGGUGAGAAGAUUGGUCUUUACUUUGCUUGGUUGGGUCUGUACACCCAGAUGCUCAUUCCUGCCUCUCUGGUGGGGGUCAUCGUCUUUUUGUAUGGAUGUGCAACAGUUGAUGACAAUAUACCAAGCAUGGAGAUCUGCCACCCAAAGAACAACAUCACCAUGUGUCCUCUGUGUGAUAGAGUGUGUAGCUACUGGAAACUCAGUACAGCAUGUGGAACUGCCCGAGCCAGCCACCUGUUCGACAACCCUGCCACUGUCUUCUUCUCUAUAUUCAUGGCUUUGUGGGCUGCCAUGUUCAUGGAGCACUGGAAGAGAAGACAGAUGAGACUGAACUAUGAAUGGGACCUCACGGGGUACGAAGAUGAGGAGGAAGCUCUUAAGGACCAUCCCAGGGCUGAAUAUGAGUUUAAAGUAAUGCAGAAGUCUCUAAAGAAAGACCAAACACAACAGCACAAGCUGGAAAAACUCACCUGCCAAGACCGCCUCCCUGCCUACAUGACCAAUAUUGUCAUGAUGCUGUUGAUGAUUGGUGUUACAUUUGCCAUUGUGUUUGGUGUGAUCCUUUACCGGAUCUCCACCAAAGCCGCUCUUCAUAUGAGCUCCAGUUCAAUCACAAGAAACCAUGUACAACUGACAGUUAAAACUACUGCAGCCAUCAUCAACCUUGUGGUCAUCCUCAUUCUGGACGAGGUGUAUGGAGCUGUGGCCCGAUGGCUCACUGUGCUGGAGGCUCCAAAAACAGACAAAAUUUUUGAGGAAAGACUCAUUUUCAAGACCUUCAUCCUCAAGUUUGUUAAUGCCUUCACUCCAAUCAUCUACAUAGCUUUCUUCAGGGGCAGACUGGUGGGCAGACCUGGCAGAUAUGUGUAUGUGUUUGAGUCUUACAGAAUGGAGGAGUGUGCUCUUGGAGGCUGUCUGAUGGAGCUGUGUAUCCAGCUGAGUAUCACCAUGUUGGGAAAGCAACUCAUUCAGAACAAUCUUUUCGAGAUUGGAAUACCUAAGCUGAAGAAGCUGAUUCGAUACAUUCGGUCAAAACAAGGAACUUUUCACGAAGAGGAGAGACAGAAGAAGCUGCAGAGAUAUGAAACGGACCACUUCUUGGAACCAUUUGCUGGAUUAACACCGGAAUACAUGGAGAUGAUCAUCCAGUUUGGAUUUGUCACAUUGUUUGUGGCAUCCUUUCCACUGGCUCCAUUGUUUGCUCUACUCAACAACAUAAUUGAAAUCAGGCUUGAUGCGAAGAAAUUUGUGGCAGAGUUGAGAAGACCAGUGGCAGCAAGAGCCAAAGACAUUGGUAUAUGGUACAACAUAUUGAGAGGGGUCGCCAAAGUGGCUGUCAUCAUAAACGCAUUUGUCAUCUCCUUCACGUCAGACUUCAUCCCUCGGAUGGUGUACCAGUACAUGUACAGCCCCAAUGGCUCCAUGCAUGGAUUUGUCAACCAUACACUGUCCUACUUUAACAUCAGCCACUUUGAAGGUGGAAAAGGACCUAUGGAUCCACUUCAUGUGGGCUACCCUACUGAAGUUUGCAGGUAUAAGGACUACAGAGACCCUCCCUGGUCACCCACAGCUUAUGAAAUCUCAAAGGAAUUCUGGACAGUGCUGGCUGUACGACUGGCCUUCGUUAUUGUUUUCCAGAAUGUUGUUAUGCUGAUGAAUGAUAUCGUGGACUGGCUCAUCCCAGACAUCCCCAAAGAUAUCAGCCUGCAGAUCCACAAAGAAAAGAUCUUAAUGGUCGACCUCUUCAUGAAGGAAGAGCAAGGCAAGAUGAGGACCUCGUCGAGCACCAAGGAGAACUGCAGCAGGAUCAACAGCACAGCGGCUCAUCCUCGCUCCUCACAGCAAAGCAACAACUCCAAAACUUUCUGAUGGCAGUUAGAAAUAUGUCAGUAUUCAGUCUUAGUCAAAACCCUCAGGUCAACCCAAACUCACUAUUUUUCUUCAUAUCCAGAACAUUCCAACAACUGGGAGAGCAGCUGGCCAAUCAGGUGUGAGGAAAGUAGGGCGUAUCCAAAUGUGUUGCAGUUUGCUUUCAAUUUAACAUUGAUUUGUUCAAUAAAUACGUCUUCAGCUUUGCAUGCAUAGUGACAUGGGAACAUGUGUGUAUAUAUAAAUCUGUUAAUGGUCAUAGAGUUCACAAAUACCUGAACAUGCUUCAAGAUUUACACAAAAGAAUCAGAAAAUGUUUUUACUCCAAUAACUUAACAUACAUUUAUGGUAAAUAUCCUGUAUUCAAAGUUGAACACUCAAAAUCUCAGACAACAGAAAUCAUUUAAUGCAGGGCUUCUUAGACUAUUUGAUCAGCACUUUAGUUGAUCAUGAAUUCAAUCCCACACCAAUGAGUUAAUUUGGUUAAAGUGGCAUUUUUCCUGUGGUGGACAACCACUGGAGCCUGUGAACCUUGUAAAUCAGUUGAAAAGUAAGUAAUACCAAGCGAGGUGGUAUUUUUGGUAAGCCUGAUGCAAAGUACUGUCAGAACAACAAUGUUUAAACAGAGUUGUCUUUAAAUGAAGAAUAUGUUCUCACUUUAAGAAGCAACUGCUACUGAGAAGUUAUUUUCCCUAAAAUUAAACAAGCAUAUGUCUGAAAAAUUAGAAUUGUGUGGCUUUUUUUUCACCCAGUUCAGUAGCUCUUCAUUUGAAUGGUCUUAAUACCUGUUGUUUUUGGUGUUCUGUAAGAAAAGUUGCUUUAUCAGGAUUUGACACUUUUUGGAUCACUCCUAGUUUGAGUUAAAAGGAAACAGUAUAUGCUGAAUUUUAAAAUUGUAUACAUUAAACUUCCGCUUGUAAAUAUACUGUAUACCAGUACAACAGACAAUCUACAUAUACAAGUACAGGCCUGAUUCCAAAAAGGUGGGGCAUUGUUUAAAAUGUAAAUAAAAACAUUACAAUAAUUUCCAAAUCUCCUCAAUCCAUAUUUUAUUCCAAAUAGAACAU